UUUGCGUAUGCAUUCUAGUAAGACUUAUUCUAGUUAGAUUUUAAUGCCUAAAGUGGCGACGAAAGUUUAAAAAUGGCGCUCGCUGAUAUAGGAUUUGAAUUACUCGACGAUAGCACAGUGAGGUCAAAUAUUUACUGCCCAACGAAGGAUGGUACGGAUCUUCUUAGAGCUAUUAGAAGCGGCAGUCAAACCAAUGUGGAAAAAAUAUUGGAAAUAUAUCAGACGGAUUUGAAUAAGAUCAAAGAAUAUAUAGUACGAAAGUACAAUUGGGAUUCAAAUGACCGAAUCUGGAUCAGGAAAACGAUUAUGGUUGCGGUAAAUAACAAACAAUGUCAAGACGUAAAACUGUUGGAGAGAAAUUCAAUAUUUAGUAAAAAUCUAGAGCAAGCUGUAUUUAUUUUGCUUUUGAGUCCUGUAGACAAAGAAGAUGUAGCUGUGAUUCAUCCUAACGACGACAAUCGCUUAUCAGUAUAUCGUUUUAUCAGGACAGUGAUUCCCAACGGGUUCCUGACUCUUAAUAAUGCAGGAUCAGAUAUAAAAUGUGAGCCGCUCAUUGAGGCAGCUGCCUCCAGUGGAAAUAUAGCUGCAAUCACUCGAUUGAUAGAUCUAGGAGCAGCCAUCAGUCUGCCAAAGCAUAACCCGUUAAUCGCAGCGUGUUCAACUUUACAGAAAGAAACGAUUCAAUGGCUGUUGACUGAACAUUUUGAUGAUUUUGACUGCACUCUACGGAAUUCCUACCAGUUCAACGCUUUCAUGAUGUUGAUGCAGAAAAAUGACACUGAAAUGAUGGAUUUUGUACUGACAAAAAUGAUAACCUACAGACAGAAGUACUACAAUGAAACUGAAUCCGAAGCAUUCAACAAUAUAUUUCGCUGUGAGCACGAAAUCUAUACAAGAUCUUCCAUCCUAUCGCUUCUUCGUCCUGGGCCGGUUCGUAACAAGAUCGAGGAAUACGUUGUGAAAUAUCAAUUAGACUUAGCCUACCAAUGGAAAGGUGUGACAAUGUUGGCAGAGAUGCUUUAUAAAAAACUAGCUUUGAACUACUGUUGGGCAGCUAUCCGAAAGAAUCCUACACUUCUCGGUCUGGUACUCCGCCAGGAAACAACGAUCGUACAUGAGUGCAUUCGGUUGAGAAUCCUGGACAUACUGAACGAAAUGUACCAGCUUCAACCGGAAGUGCAACGAUACUUUGAAAACAAUCAGGCUUACGAAACCCUUCAGCAAAGUCUGUGGCAUGGAGAGUGUGAUUCUGCUGAAUUCAUUCUUAAAAAUCACAAUCAAUUUUUCUUGGGCAAUUUCGACAGGCUCAAGAAGGAUGUGAUAUUUUGCAGUUAUCAUAGAAAGUCAUUCUUCGAUAGUAAUCGUGAUCUGUUGGUUAAGUAUUUUCCUACGCUAAAAUCUGAUAUUGAUCAAAAAGUGUUUGAAAAACCCAAAUUCUAUCCAGGUCAAGAUCUCAUAGUUGCGUUCAGCAACUUCAACCUGAAGUUUGGCGAAACAACUAUCCAACUUGACGAUCCUAAAUCGUCACUGGCCAGCAUAAGAGGAUCAAAUGGUGCCACGCUUCUGCACUACGCUGUGGAAAAAUCCAGCCCACAGCUAUUCACAAAUCUUCUGGACGCUGGUUGCGACUUCGAUUCCGUGGACAACGAAGGAAACCACCCCAUCCAUUACAUUCGCACUGAGGACAUGUUCAAUUUCCUCAUCGAGAAUCACCCAGACGGUCGCUCCCUAGUACACCGUACCAACUACGCAGGCUACUCAGUCUUCCAUAAAGUCUGCCAGCUUCGCUCGAGUCACGAACUGGUGAUAGGCUUACUUGAGAAGGUCAUCGCUAGCGGAGCAAACGUAAACCAACUCACUAACAAUGGUGAAUCAGCUUUGUUCAUGAUCGCAAACUGUAGCGUUCUCGACGUGCUAGUAAAACACAACAUCAAGCUAGACAUUGUCAACGGCCGUGGUGAAACUGCCCUCGAGCGUUAUUUUGUGAAUCGCAAUCGAUACCUGUCAAGUGCCUUACUCCGCCUAACACACCAACUGCCAUCGUUCAAAGACCACGCUCACAAAUACUUCGGACCGAUGGUUUUUAGCAACCGUGUCCAUUUCACCCAAAUCUAUAGACCAUUCCUAGAAGCCAACCCGAACUCGUUGAAAAUCAUGUUCGACUCAAUUUAUGAACACUCACCGGAACGUGCAUCGCACAUGUUCAGCCAAGCUUGCUGUAAUGGUCAGAUUUUUAUAGCCGGAAAGUUUCUAGAUUUCAACUACGACUUGGACUACAAUUAUCGGGACCAUAAUGGUCAAACUCCGAUUAUUGGAUUGCUAAGUUGUAUGCUAGGGCAGAACGACCACCUGGUGAUGAAACUUCUGGCCAAAGGCAUUGACUUGCAGAUUUGCAACAAUGCCGGUCGGAACGCUCUGUUGACCUUCGUUGGUAGAUUUACGUCCGCGGAAGAAUGCGGACACAGUACGGAUACGGUUCAACGUUUGCUGGAUUAUGGAGCGAAUGUUAACGCCCAGGACAAAGAUGGGAAUACUGCCCUACACAUGGCGUUUGGUAGAAAUGAGUUGGGAUUGGUCGAUGUAUUGGUGCGAAAUGGAGCUGACAUGAAGACGAAAAACAACGACGGUAGAAUACCGAUGCAAAUGGGUUCCAGUAAUUUGUUUUCUAUUGUGAGCGGACUAUGAAAUAUGUUUUGCCUGAAUAAACAAUUAGUAUCUACCCGCAUAAACGCAAAC